UGACGUGAACAACGCGCGUCAGCUGUCUCAAAGUUUUGCUGUGUAAUCUGUACACACGCGAGCAGGAGACGCUACCACACAUCAUUUUGACACUUUAUUUCCAACUCGUUGCUGAAUAUCCACCAUGGAAUACUUACUCGGCAUCACGGGGCCGGAUUUCGUGCUCGUCGCCUCCGAUAACGUCGCAGCGAGCAGCAUCAUUAAGAUGAAACACGACUACGACAAGAUGUUCAAGCUCAGCGAGAAGAUUCUGCUCCUGUGUGUCGGGGAAGCAGGAGACACUGUGCAGUUUGCAGAGUACAUCCAGAAGAAUGUGCAGCUCUACAAAAUGAGGAAUGGUUAUGAACUCAGUCCAUCAGCAGCAGCAAACUUCACACGAAAGAACCUUGCAGACUAUCUCCGGAGCAGGACUCCGUAUCAUGUGAACCUGUUGCUGGCGGGCUACGAUGACACAGACGGCCCGGGUCUCUUCUACAUGGACUACCUGUCCGCCCUGGCCAAGGCUCCCUUCGCGGCCCACGGCUACGGAGCCUUCCUCACUCUAUCCAUUCUUGACCGUCACUACAAACCAGAUCUGACCCGGGAGGAGGCGAUGGAUCUUCUGAAGAUGUGCAUUCAAGAACUGAACAAGCGCUUCGUCCUGAACCUCCCCUCCUUCACAGUCCGUUUGAUCGACAAGGACGGCAUCCAUGACCUGGAGAAGCUCACCGUCGUCCCUGAAUCCAGUCCGGCGCUGAAGGCUCAAUAGUACUGAUCAAACAUGUGGUCGACAAAAGUGAAUAUUCCUGGGGAGCCCUUCAUGCUGAACCUCCCCUCCUUCACUGAACGUUUGAUUGACAAGGAGGUUAUCCAUGACCUGGAGAAGCUCACCGUCGGCGCCAAGUGACCGUUCACUGCUCCACCACAACCCUGACGCCCUCUCUUCUUUUUUUUUUUUGUACUGUUGACCUCCUUGCUCUUUCUGUUCCAAUAAAAAGUGACACACACACAGUUGAGAUACAAGCUCUUUGUCCCUGUGGUGCUUUCUCGUUGCUCUCAUGUCUGCUCAUCUGCACAUGGAAAGAGAACAGCCUUCUGGCUGUGUACUUUUGCAGUGUACUUCUGCACUUGUUCUCAGCCAGUGUUCGUGCGUGUAAUGUAUACUUUCUCAUGCUUGUGCACGUGGAGCAGAACAUGGCUGAGCAUAUGAUGUUACUUGGAAAAAUGGGCAAAGUUUACGUUUUUUAUCUGUCCAUAAAUGACAAAUGAUUUAAUGAGUCAAAUAAUCAGUUUAAUCAGCUUUUAAAUACUUAUUCGUUUUUGAGUUGUCGAGUUGAAUCAACACUUUUCUAACAGCAGUGAAUGUGUGGUUACAGUCUGAGUAGUUAACAGUAAAUACUGAGCUGAUGAAUCAGACUGCACUUGAUUAUUUAGCUCUGCAGUUGAUUAAAUCUGGUGAAUUCAAUUGUUGUGCUCCUUUAUUCUGAAACUUGAAACCCAAACUAACUAUAAUAUCUAAGCAAAUUCUAUAAUGAACAUUGUGAAAAGUUUGGAAUGUUUACUUAAGAUUUUUGCAGUCAAACAUGUUAAAAACGUGGAUUUGGGAAAUGUAAAUUAGGGUCAGGAAGAAAAAACGAUUUGCUUCUUAAUUCGCCUCGUAUCAUUUGCUGCUUAAUGACAAUAAAUAUAAUUACCAAGAACAUGGUUAAAAAAAGGUUUAAUUUAUAUACUGUAUAGUUCUGUACUGGCUGGUACUCGUCCAUGGAUCCUGUUUGGUGUUGGAGGCUCAAACCUACUGAUCAAAAAUAUGGUCAACACAAUUGAACAUUCCUGGUAUGAAUAUUUUUUAACAUUAUUCUGGAUAAGAGACUAAAUUAAAGUUUUUCAUUAAUAUUUCA